AAAACCACCAGCUGGACGAGUAGACGACGCCAUUUUGUGAGCUAACAGCCUAACACAUCACCAAGCAAGGUACUUCCAUUAUCCAAAGAAAACCGAACAAGGCAGUCGAUCAGCACCGAGUCAUCGUCACGAGUGGGCAUGGCGAGCGGCGGCGGGAAGGCGAAGGCGGCGAUGGGCAUGGGCACGGUGGAGGCGCUCAAGGACCAGGCCGGCAUGUGCCACUGGAACUACGCGUUCAGGUCCGCCCAGCAGCGCGUCCGAGGCGCGGCCGCGGGGAACGGCUCCAGCUGCGGUAGGAGUGACGCGCAUGCGCUGCCUUCCGCCGCGAGGAGGAAGGCGAAGCAGCAGGAGGAGGAGCUCCGGACAGUCAUGUACCUCAGCAACUGGGGGCCCAACAACUAGCGAGCUGAGGAUCACUUAGAUUAGGUGCUAGCAUAAAAUUACCAGUUUUUUUUUUUUUGCGGGGAAAAUUACUAGUUUGUUUUACGACCAGUUUGUGUGGGCGGAUGAAUCAUCCAACAUGUAUAGAUGAGCAUGUGUGCGCCAGAAAGUUGAUGAACAUGGCAUACUCCAUUGAGCAAGAGCUUGGUUUUGCACAAA